AGGCGCCCCUCUCCUUGCCUCUCUUCACAUCAGUUAUACAUGCCUGACAUUAUAUUACCUAUUUGUUCAUUUGCUUGCCUUCCUUACCAGUGUACCCUCCUUCAGGACAGCAGCUUUGUCUUUUUGUUCAUAUUGUGUCCUCAGGGCCGAGAACACGGUCUGGCACAUGGUAGGCUCUCAAUAUUUGUUGAAUGAAUUAACAUAAAUCAGCCAGAAGAAAAAUAAUUUCUUGCCACUGAAGUAUUGCUCUUCUGUCUUGAUGGAGAAUAGGAAAUGAACAAUAUUUCAUCAGCAGCAGAGUACUACAAAGAAGUUUUGAAACAGGACAAUACUCAUGUGGAAGCCAUUGCGUGCAUUGGCAGCAACCACUUUUACUCUGAUCAACCAGAAAUAGCGCUCCGGUUUUACAGGCGACUCCUGCAGAUGGGUGUUUAUAACUGCCAGCUUUUUAACAAUCUGGGGCUCUGCUGCUUCUAUGCCCAGCAGUAUGAUAUGACUCUGACCUCGUUUGAACGUGCCCUCGCUCUGGCUGAAAACGAAGAAGAGGCAGCUGAUGUCUGGUACAACCUGGGCCACGUAGCUGUGGGUAUAGGAGAUAUGAACUUGGCCCAUCAGUGUUUCAGGCUCGCUCUGGUCAACAACAACCACCACGCCGAGGCCUACAACAACCUGGCCGUGCUGGAGAUGCGGAAGGGCCACGUUGAGCAGGCAAGAGCACUGUUACAAAGUGCAUCAUCUUUAGCACCCCAUAUGUACGAGCCACAUUUUAACUUUGCAACGGUCUCUGAUAAGAUUGGGGAUCUACAGAGAAGCUAUAUUGCUGCUCAGAAGUCGGAAGCAGCAUUUCCAGACCAUGUGGACACCCAGCAUUUAAUCAAACAGCUAAAGCAGCAUUUUGCGAUGCUCUGACGUCCCCCAGACCAAGUAUCUUCUCAUGAGGGGGCAUUACACAAGGGGAGUAGUGUGUUGGUACAUUCGCAUAUACAAACCUGUGCUUGAUAUUAGUGAAGAGGAUGUAAGGGACUUUACACAAGAAUUUAUAUGCAAACUUUAUAAUAAUAACUUGUAUAAUAUUAAAACAUUUUCAUGAAUUUCCUCAAAUUUUUAUAAAUGCAUAUUUUUAAUGUUGUUAAGCUGGCCAUUAGCUAACAUGUAACUUCAGAGGUCUGAAAUCUGCCAUUAAAACUGCACUUUUAUGGCUAAAAUUGUGUGUAUUCAUCCCAAUUAGAGAUUUUAGAGCUUAAAAUUUGUAUUUAAAACUGUUUAUCAAAUGCUUUGUAAGAGACUAUACAUUUUCUUACAUAUUAUGCUUUAAAACAAAUCAGUGUGUAAUGCACCGUCAUUCUGUCAUUUUUCAUGAGUUUUUAUUUUAGGCAUCUCAGGUAAAACAAGUUUUUUCAGAAGUCCAGUAACUUUAGAAAUGAAGUCAUCAUUUUCAUUUUACUUGAUGUACCACCAAGUUUAUAUUUUCCUGAGAAGCUGUUUAUGAAAUAUCACGUUGUCGGCACAAGAAUGUGAGGAUUAGAAAUGGAGCCACAGGCCCAGAGCCCCACCUGCAGUCAGCCCCAAGAAGGUUAGGCCAGAUCCCAGGACCAUGCACUGCAAAAUCCCGGAAAGGCUCUUGAACUCGUCUCUCCCAGAUUUAGUGGAAUUCUCAUCAAUGUGUUCAUACAAGGAAAUGUGUCACAGGGACAAAGCCACUCAAAUGCAGAUUUUGGACUUUGGGACCCCUCUGUGUUAUUUUUCAGUUUCUAAUGUCAUGAAAACUAUUUUACGGAUACUUGUUCCUGGUCAGAUUUGUAUCAGUAGUAUUCCUCAGCUGACAGAGCAAAAAGAUGGGAAUUCGAGGAAUUAUGGCCCAUCAGAGGCCGGCAGGGGCUUCAGAGGGUGCGUAGAUGAAGGUCUUUGCGGCACAGAUGAACAGAGCAAGCCAGCGUCACAUGGCUGAGUGGUGGGGACAGUCACGACUGGAACCCAAGACACUGUUCUAGUGCUUUGCCUUUUCCCGCUUCUCCAAGAUAUGCUAGUGCUAGCUUUUUAGCUCAGGAGAAUUUCCUCAAGCGCGACCAAAUGUCCUAAGAACUGUAUUGAGUAUUUAGGUUGGAAUUUUGUAAUGUGAGUCAUUCUCUCAGCUGAUCUAAAGUAAGAGCUAACAAGGCUUGCAUUUGUGGGCAUGUUGCAUUUGUGGGCAUGUUGCAUUUCUGGGCAUGUUGCAUUUGUGGGCGUGUUGCAUGUGCCCAGCACUGUUCUAAGCGCCUGAUGUGGAUUCACCCUUCCAUUCCCACUGCAGUCCCAUAAGCUGCUGUUAUUCCCAUCUUACGUAUGAGAAAAAUGAGGCACAGGGAAGUCAAGUAACUUGCUCGGGGUUAUCAAGCUAGUCAGUGGCAGAGCUGGGAUUCAAAUGCAGGCAGCAUGGGUCCCCUGGGACGUGCUCUUACCCCUCAUGGGAAAUCAUCUCAGUGUUUCUCCUGUAAAUAAAGCUACUACCAUUUAAAAUGAAUGUUCUACGCAUUAGUAAAAUUGAAUAAUAAGGGAAUAUUAACACAGCAAAAAAUAAAUGAGUCAGUGUUCCUAAGGUAAUACGGAGAUAUUUUUGUCUUGAGUUUAUGUUAAUUCAAUGUGAACACCAAUGCAAAGAAUGAGUCAGGACGGCUCCAGGCGGAGUGACAGCACGAAAGAACACCGGGCAGCAGAAGCUACAUACAUCUCCAUAACAAAAUUAUUUCUGGACUGCAUAACUGGCUUCGGUGCCAGCACUUCUACAGAAGGAAGGUUAACCGCUGUCUUCUACCCUGGCUAAAAAGGCAUUCAAUCCAUGUACAAAUUGUUCGACCAAAAUUAACAUCAUUGAGCUUCUCACUGCUGAAAAUAAGAUCUGGCAAGACUACUGCCAGCACAGUAAUUGCUGGGGUUGGAAGUUCUUCCUUCCCAAAUAUGUCACAUCUGAACCAGUCCACCAUGGUACUCAUUGCUCUGUUAGAUUUCUGAAUGGCAUGUCCCAGCAUCAGAGCACCCAACAUAAUUUAUGGCCUAGAGAUAAGAAAAUUCAUAAAGACAGCACAUCAUUACACUUUUAAUGUGGUUUCCACCACUAACUCUUUCUUAACAUGAGGGAUUUCUAUCAAGAGCUUUCAACUGGGGUUGAGUUUAAGCAUUCGGGAAAACCACAAAGAUUUCCUAAAUACUGUGGUAGGACCCAACAUUGGGAAAUAACCCAGAAAUGGAGUUUAGUUGAAAAGCCGUUACAGGAUAGUUUUUAAGUUCUAGGGAAUAGAUAAAUGGGAAUGGUCCACGGAUAUGUUCUAGACUCCCCCAAAUGCUUAUCUAGGCUCAGAUGUUAGGGGAAAAAUUUGAUUUAGCAAUUUGAAAACAACUGCAGUUUUACACCCUUCCACAUAGAUGGCAUUAGUCCUAUUUUUGGCUGACUAAAAACAUUUUUGAGAGAUGGUGUGAUUUUAUGUCCCUGAUAUUAAAGCCAAAUUCUUGAGAUGAAAGAAUAAGGAUUAGGGGCGCCUGGGUGGCUCAGUGGGGCA